CCCGUCGCUGAGCCAUGGCCGCCGCCGCUGCUGCCUCCAAACACGUCGACCUCAAGAUCGUGUUCCUUGGGGCGUCGGGUGUGGGCAAGACGUCCCUGGUCCAGCGCUACGCCAACGACACCUUUGAGCCGACGCAGUCGACCAUUGGCGCCGCCUUUACCCUCAAGACUUGGCAUGGGCGUCGGUUUGGGGUGUGGGACACCGCCGGCCAGGAGCGGUACAAGUCGCUGUCGGCGUUCUACUGCCGCGGCGCCGGCGCCGCAAUCCUGGUCUACGACGUGACCAAGGCCGACUCGCUGCACGCCCUCGAUGCAUACAUGGAUCUCCUGGCGUCGGCCAAGGACGGCUGCUUCAAAGUCCUUGUCGGCUCCAAGCUCGAUCUGGCCCCCGAUGCCCGCGAGGUCACCCUUGACGCCGCCCGCGAGUACGCCACUUCGAUCGACGCAUUGCACAUCGAGGCCUCGGCAAAGACCGGCGACAACGUCAUGGACAUCUUCAACCACAUCGGCGUUGGCGUCUUUGGCUUUGACGCUAUGACCGCCUCUGCCAACGGCUCGCCCGCCUCCACCCCCACCCCCACCGCCUCCACCAGCACCGUCCGUCUCGACGACGACUCCGCCGCCAAGUCCGGCUCGGACAAGAAAAAGUGCUGCUAACUUAGCUGUAGCAGUACUCGUGGCACUUUGCUGUACUCGCAUCGCUUGUUGCUACGAAAAGUGGCUCAUCGCGUCGGCGUCGAGCUCACGGAUCUUGCACGUCGACUUGUCAAAGGUGUACGGGACAAUGCCGAGAUCACCGUCGAACCGGUUCUUGCGAAUGUCCAGGUACGUGUACUUUUUGCCGCGCUGGAUGAUGAUGACGUUGUCGGCCUCCUGCGUCGCCUUGGCCGUCCCAAACACUGACGAGGUGUUGAGAAGCGUGUCGUCGUCGACCUUGCGCGGAUGGACCACAAGCGAGAUGUGGACGUUGUGCUCAGUGGCAAACUUGCGGAGCGCCUCGAUCGACUUGUCUAGCAGCUCGAACCGCUCAAAGCCCUUGCCCUGGCCCGAGUGCAUAAACUGCAGGUUGUCCAGCACAA